AUGGGAAGUUGAAGGGGAAGGAGAAGGUGGUGCCGGAGUACGGCAAGAACCGGCACGGCAUGCCUGUCGGUUUCUACUUCGUCCCCAUGGACCUAGAGCUUUUCGCCAUCCUCAUGUGCAAGCUCGUCCGAGGUGAGGUCCCCGGCGCCCUCAAUAACGUCUUUGAGCAUAUCAGGAUACUUGAAUUCCACCCCGCCCUCCUCCGUGCUUGAGGACCUUGCCGUGUACCGCCUGUACAAGAUCAGAAGGAAGGAGGACACAGAGCCGGUGAACGCUGCCGCCGCGGCGUCGAGCACGGACAAGCCCUCCACGCCGGAGGCACUGCCACCGCCUACGCCACCGCCACGGCCAUUGCUGAACAUGGCCGGAUCAUCGUCGGCAACGUCGCUACUGCCACCGCAAUUGCCAGGCCUGGCUGGGUCGUCGUCGACGAUGCCGCUGGCACUGCCACUGCAGCUGCCUGGCCUGCCCGGGUCGUCGGCGGCGAUGUCUCUGCCGGGCUUGGCUGGAGAGAUGACGUCCAUGGCGGACCAGGCGAACAUGGCCUCGACGUCACAGGCGUCAGCACCGUCGUCGGAGCUCCCGCAGGACUGGUACGACGAGUACGAGGUCGCGUACGGUGCCGCGGCGCCGCCGUCUCCUAGCACGAUCAGCUGCGCGGCGCUGCCGAGCUCGCCGACGGCGUGGUGGCCGUCAUCGAUCGGCGGGCCGGUGCAGCACGACGGCUACCUCGGGAUGGCGGAUCCUGCGUCGUGUAAUACGUUGGAACACCUGUUGCCCAGCGCGGCGAUCCCACCAGAGCCAAUGGCGCCGCCGAAGAACUCGCCGGCGGCGCCACCACCGGCCGACGCCGGCGGCAACUACGACCACCCGGAGCUCGCCGACUACGGCGGCGGCGUCCAGGCGCAGCACGAGCAUCAUCAGCCGCAGGAGCUGACGGAUGGCGCGGACGGCGACGCACAGCUAGAGCUAGGCGCCGCGGAGUUUGAUUCCGAACGAGUAGCCGAAAUGAUAUCCCAAAUAAUGGAUGGUGAAUUCGUGUUUAAAUUUGAGGACGACACCAUUGUUAGCUUCAACGAGGUGGCGGCGGCGCCGAUGUUGAUCGACGGCGGUGGGGACGGCGACGGCGAUGGUGCAGAUGGAGGUGUCGGAGAUGAUCCAUUCGAUAAUUAG